AUGUCUUCCAAUCGUAGCCGACCUCAUAAGGGAAAUCAUGGGGGAGACCCUCGAAACCCCCUUAACCGAAGCGCGAACAUCGAUGAGUCCCAGAGUACCUCAGUAUGGGUGUCCAACCUCCCAGCAGAUUGUACCAUCCAGCAGUUGCUCGCGCCUAUAAGACGAGUUGGCAAGAUAUUCUUCGCCCACAUCAGCCCUCCCAACAAGGACUUCACCACGUCCGCAGCCAAGAUCACCUUCUGGGAUCGUCGAGCAACCGACAACUUCCUCGAGCUUAUCGAAGACGGCAAGAUAACCAUCGGAGGCCUGCAGCCAGAGGUGCGGAUGAACCGGAUCCGAACAGCGCCGCGGCCGCCGUCCGCCCGCAGCCGGGUCCUCGUCGUCUGGGGCUCGCCUCACGUAGUCAGCAUGGAGGUUCUAGAGCCGCUGUUCCGGUCGGAGAUAGACUUCGAAAUCGACGGGGUCGAGGAAAUGAUGUGGCGCGGUCAGAGAAGACUCGAGAUCCGCUUCGGCUCUCAUCGAGCCCAGGCUAGUCGCGCUGAACAGAUGCUGCAGGAAUUAAAGGCGGGGAAAGAGACGGAAUACAUCGUCGAGAACCUGUCGCCAGAGCAGCGCAUCUUUAUACGUCUUAUUGAAAUACUAUGGGGCGGUGAUCCUUGCGAGCUGCCGUAG